AUGUUCAAAAACACUUCUUGGCGAUCUUCUGCAUCGACACUCACUAGUUGCCUCUUUGUUCUUCUUUUCAUCUUCAAUUACCACGUUGUAAUGUUCGUUCACACCAAAAAAAUUUACAAAUACAAAAAGAACAUCUGCUUCUAUUACACAGGAAAUUUUUUCUCUCUGUACAUCCUCAUCCUUUGUGUGCAGGUUUACUACCAAAUUCUAUCGAGCAAAUCUUCAUACAAAAUACGGAACUUAAACGAGCUCACCGAAACCGGCCUAAACAGCAUAUUCAACCCAUUCUUUACCGAAAAUAUACUGGAAGAACGCACCGAGACAAUGAAAAAAUGCGGCAAGUGCGAUAUGUAUCGGCCUCCACGAGCACACCAUUGCCAGGUCUGUGAUGCCUGUUUCAUGAAACGGGACCAUCAUAGCUAUAUCUUGAAUACUUGCGUAGGACAUUCCAAUUACAAGUAUUAUUAUUUGUUCUUGCUAUCAAAUUGGAUAUACAGUACUUUUCAAUUCAUUUUACUGCUUUAUUUUGCUGUAAAUGUUCGACAAACUGCCAAGCGAAUGCCCUUCUAUGCCACAGGAAUUGUUACAACCGGGAUUAUAAUGGUAACCUGUUUUGUACAUUUAGUACUUCAUACAAAAUUAUUGCUAUAUAAUGAGACAUCCAUUGAAAGCUGCGCAAUUAAUAAUUUCCUUGCGGGAAACGAAAAAUAUAAGGGUGUUUUUCAGGAGGGACUGCUGUGUUUUGGAGAUGAAAUACAUAUUAGUGAUAGAAAAUUGCUCAACCCGUACUUUUUAGGGUAUAUGGAAAAUGUCAAAGAGGUAUUUGGCAAUAACUAUUACGAGUGGAUCAUGCCGUACUUCACAGGACGGAGUGAUGGGAUAUACUUCAAAAAGUACAUGUUCUAA